AUGAAGCUUCUAUUUGCUGCUUCCACAGCAGGGCUAGCUGCUCUCUUUCUCCUGGUGCCGACAGCAUAUGGACUGCAAUACUAUGAAUGUGAAAGUAGCCGAGUAUUCGGAUAUCAAGUAAUUAGUAGUUAUGCAAAAUCAGCUUCCCCCGACAUAAUCACUGCCAGGGACCCUAUUUUUGAUGGUGGAGAAAUCAAGGGGGCAUAUCGAUUUACAAGUAAUCAACCAGAUGGAACUCCAACAACUUACUUAAUCCAAACUGUCAAUGUGGAGCCAUACCAACGAUUGUUUGAAUCCUCUGAAGGCCAAUGGAGAAUAUGUAAUCCCAAGAAUGGCCACUUGUAG